UAAGCGUGCUGAGUGACGCAACAGACGCUGCAUAAAUAGUGCUCGCGCGGCAGCGGAGCUCAGUGACGAGAGGCAUUGUGCGGCUCGGGGGUGUCUGCGUCCCUGUGUUUCUACGCGCUCGGCGUUUUCUCGUUUCAUCGCAUUCGUUAACGGGUCAAAAUGCAAAUCUUCGUGAAGACCCUGACCGGCAAGACCAUCACCCUGGAGGUGGAGCCCAGUGACACCAUCGAGAACGUCAAGGCCAAGAUCCAGGAUAAAGAGGGCAUCCCCCCUGACCAGCAGCGACUCAUCUUUGCUGGCAAGCAGCUGGAAGAUGGCCGCACACUCUCCGAUUACAACAUCCAGAAAGAGUCCACCCUGCACCUGGUCCUCCGUCUCCGAGGUGGCAUGCAGAUCUUCGUGAAGACUCUGACCGGCAAGACCAUCACCCUGGAGGUGGAGCCCAGUGAUACCAUCGAGAACGUCAAGGCCAAGAUCCAGGAUAAAGAGGGCAUCCCCCCAGACCAGCAGCGACUCAUCUUUGCUGGCAAGCAGCUGGAAGAUGGCCGCACUCUUUCUGAUUACAACAUCCAGAAAGAGUCCACCCUGCACCUGGUCCUUCGUCUCCGGGGUGGCAUGCAGAUCUUCGUGAAGACCCUGACCGGCAAGACCAUCACCCUGGAGGUGGAGCCCAGUGACACCAUCGAGAACGUCAAGGCCAAGAUCCAGGAUAAAGAGGGCAUCCCCCCCGACCAGCAGCGACUCAUCUUUGCCGGCAAGCAGCUGGAAGAUGGCCGCACUCUUUCUGAUUACAACAUCCAGAAAGAGUCCACCCUGCACCUGGUCCUCCGUCUCCGAGGUGGCAUGCAGAUCUUCGUGAAGACCCUGACCGGCAAGACCAUCACCCUGGAGGUGGAGCCCAGUGACACCAUCGAGAACGUCAAGGCCAAGAUCCAAGAUAAAGAGGGCAUCCCCCCUGACCAGCAGCGACUCAUCUUUGCUGGCAAGCAGCUGGAAGAUGGCCGCACUCUUUCUGAUUACAACAUCCAGAAAGAGUCCACCCUGCACCUGGUCCUUCGUCUCCGGGGUGGCAUGCAGAUCUUCGUGAAGACCCUGACCGGCAAGACCAUCACCCUGGAGGUGGAGCCCAGUGACACCAUCGAGAACGUCAAGGCCAAGAUCCAGGAUAAAGAGGGCAUCCCCCCCGACCAGCAGCGACUCAUCUUUGCCGGCAAGCAGCUGGAAGAUGGCCGCACUCUUUCUGAUUACAACAUCCAGAAAGAGUCCACCCUGCACCUGGUCCUCCGUCUCCGAGGUGGCAUGCAGAUCUUCGUGAAGACCCUGACCGGCAAGACCAUCACCCUGGAGGUGGAGCCCAGUGACACCAUCGAGAACGUCAAGGCCAAGAUCCAAGAUAAAGAGGGCAUCCCCCCUGACCAGCAGCGACUCAUCUUUGCUGGCAAGCAGCUGGAAGAUGGCCGCACUCUUUCUGAUUACAACAUCCAGAAAGAGUCCACCCUGCACCUGGUCCUUCGACUCCGGGGUGGCAUGCAGAUCUUCGUGAAGACCCUGACCGGCAAGACCAUCACCCUGGAGGUGGAGCCCAGUGACACCAUCGAGAACGUCAAGGCCAAGAUCCAGGAUAAAGAGGGCAUCCCCCCUGACCAGCAGCGACUCAUCUUUGCUGGCAAGCAGCUGGAAGAUGGCCGCACUCUUUCUGAUUACAACAUCCAGAAAGAGUCCACCCUGCACCUGGUCCUCCGUCUCAGGGGUGGCUAUUAAUUCUUCAGUCUGCAUUCCCAGUGGGCAAUGGUGGCAUUACUCUGCACUAUGGCCAUUUGUCCCAAUUUAAGUUUAGAAAAUACAAGUUUCAGUAAUAGGCUGAACCUGUUAAAAAAUGUUAAUAAAGGUUUUGUUGCAUGGUAAGCAUA